CGGAUGUGACAGCCCGGCCGCCAUCUUGCAGCCUCGGCAGAAAGACCCGCACCGUUCGGAGAGCGCGAGCCCAGCCGUCCCCCGCCGCCGCUGCCGCCGCUUCGUCUGCACUCCGCGGAGAUGUCAGCUCCUGCUGCCGGUGCCCCCCCUGCCGCUGGAGGAGAGGGGGGUGGCCCUCCUCCCCCACCCCCCAACCUCACCAGCAACAGAAGACUCCAGCAAACGCAGGCACAGGUCGAUGAGGUGGUGGACAUCAUGCGGGUGAAUGUGGACAAGGUACUUGAGAGGGAUCAGAAACUUUCGGAAUUGGAUGACCGCGCAGACGCCCUGCAGGCUGGAGCCUCCCAGUUCGAAACCAGUGCCGCAAAGCUCAAGCGCAAGUACUGGUGGAAGAAUCUAAAGAUGAUGAUAAUUCUGGGGGUGAUAUGCACCAUUAUCUUGAUCAUUAUCAUCGUUUACUUCAGCACCUAGUGGAAUCUACGGAGCCAUUUCCCACCCAGGAGCAGCGGCCGGGAGAGGCGCGAGGGGGCGACACAUCCCCCCUCCUCUAGAUCUCAGCCAUAUCUUCCAGCCCCGCCCCCCCAACCCCUGACAUACUCCCCGCCCCUCCCUGUCCCCCCUGUGUGUGUGUGUGUGUGGGUUUGCAUUGCGUGUGGGUGUCCUGUAAAUAGCCUGAUUUGUUAUUUAUACAUAUAUAUAUAUAUAAUAUUAAUAAUAAUUAUAUUUUGUCUGUUUGUAGAUUUAUUACUAGACUUUCCAUGUGUCAUGGAAUCUCCCUCCUCCUUUCCUUCUUCUGCCGACCCCCCCCCCCCCCCCCCCCCCCCACACACACAACUUCUCUCUCUCUCAGACGGUGUUUUUUCAAUGUCUUGAUUUUUAAUUACAAUCUUGGAGGACCAAGGAUUUCCCUUCCUUUCCCUUCUUAGUUGGGCUCAGAAAUUCCUCGACGCCUCUAGCUGCUAUUUAUUUAUUUCUGUGGGUUUUCUUUUUUUUUAACCCUGUCCUGUCCCCAAAGGUUUCGGGGCGGGCUGCAACAUAAAAUCCCCCCGCCCCCAAAUGGCGACUCGAGUUCCUUUGAAUGCGGCUCCUCUGUGCUUUUUUCCCCCCUUUUCGUUUCACCUCAGAAAUGUCUAAAUUCUUCACCGACGGCUGCAACCGGAGCACAGCGAUUUCCCAUGCCGUGUCACUGCCUGCCUGGGAUUUCUGUGCUCCGAGUGGCUCGGAUCAGACUGUGCUGGUGGUUCGUUGUGAAUUUCUCUGCCCGCCCCCUUCCCUGCAGAACAAAAUAUUUACCCCCUUUUGUGAUCUUCUGUAACAUUCCUGGAGUUGUGCCGUGUGCUGUGUCUUGACAAGUAAUCAACACUACACUUUAAAGCUCCCUCUCGUUCAGCAAGGGGGGGGGGGGCGAGUAUGGGAACCCUGCCGGAGUCUUCCCUGCUGAAAUAGAAUGAUGCUGGUGUCUUUUCCUGCCAUAAUUAUCCUGUCUGGAAACUGCCUCGUUUUCUUUAAAGAAACAGAAAAUGUACAUUCCACACUUCUCCUGAAAAGGAGGUGAGAUAUUUUAAGAAAAUGUGGAGGGAUCUUGACUUAUUGUUCCCAGAAUAACUAUGAUUCCUUCUGUUUAGCUGUCACUGCCUAUUAGUAGGGAAUUGAUAUGUGUGUGAGCAUGAAUGUGUGGGGUGGGGGUGGGGGCACAAGGGGGAUUUAGUUCCUUCCAGGAAGCGCUGGGGAAGGUUUCUUGAAAGCGGCGUCAACAAAGCCGUUUUGGUACCAAGUAAUAUGGGGAUUUCGGAAACUGAGGACAGUAAGGCUACGUAAUCCACGGGCCAGUGGGAAAAUAUCUUUUCUGUCUAGUCCUGUUUCGAUUUUAAGUAGGCUCCAAAUGCCCCUUGUGUCUCCGAUCCUGCCUCUGCCCCAAAGCCAAGUUUCCACUUAGGGUCUCCGCUUUUGACUUCUGAUUGGAACUGGCAGCCAAGGGGUUAGUUAUGCGUGCAUGUGAGUGUGUGGGGCGGGCGAGACCCGAGUCUGGGGGAGAUGAGUCAGUCUGACGACUGGCUUGUUGGGAAAUACCCCCUCCCCAUUUUCCGCCCCUGUCCCAGAUCAGCCAAUUCUGCCCUGCAAAUGUUAUAAUUGUGAUUAUCGUGGCGAGUGACUCUCUCCAAUUCUCUGUUGAGCACAAACUGCCAUCUUUCUUGGCCCGUUUAUAGCGUUGGUGACUUGUGACUUUUUUAAUUUUUUGGUACAUCUUUCCCUUUUUCCCUUCUCGCCUCCCCCCCCCCAACCUCCCCCCCUUUCCCCCUGAGAAGAAACAGAAUUCUCCCCUUUCGACUCUCUCUGUGUACCGAUCGCUCUCCGAUGCCAAGGAAUCGCAGGAGGAACGAGAAGACAGGCUUCGCUAUUUCAUGGCAUGAUAUCGCGUGAUGGCGGUGGGGCACCCUGGCCAAACUGGAGGGAAGUAUUGGCACGGGGUGUCCCACCCCGGAGGGGUGUGAGUAUGAGCGGGAAGAGAGAGGAGGAAGAAUAUGUCUGUUAAUGUCCUAGCUGCCACUGUGGAGGGACAUGGGAGCCAGGAGGUUACAUGACCAACAUCCUUUCCUUCUCUGUCCUCUUGUCCAGAGUAGAGCUGGCGUGUUCUUGGGUGAGUGUUUAGCUUUGCGGACUGCCUGGGGGGACAGUUCAAGGUAUGUGUGGGAGGGGGGGUGCAGCGAUGGGAGAGGGAAACUCCUUUGGGCAUCCAGUAGCUAAGACCACUUGGCUUGUCCCCACCUGUAUACGCAGUCCAGAAGGGAAAGUGUACCUGUUCAGGUCAAACAGGUGUAUGCAUUUAUUUAAUGGGGAAGGGAAGAGAGAAGGAGCUGCAAUUCUUUAGCUGGACAGUAGGUGUCACUGCUACUCUCCAGCUCCCCAAAGAGAGUCUCUGGCAAGACAUAAGAGACCCAAGAAGGGGCAGAAUUAAUUCAUGUGCCGAGUUCCCAGCAAGCAGGUACACUAGGUUUACGGCUGAGGCGUAAGGCUCUGUUGUUCUGCUGCUCGCCCUUCCUCCUCCUCUCUCUUCCUCAGCAGGCCUGGGUUUAUUCAGGAAGGGGUUGGAUCCAGUGUGGGCAGAACCGGGGGUGACUAUGCUGUGAAAAAAAAAUUAAAUUUUAAAAAAAGUACAAUAAAUGUCCUGUGGAGAACGCCAAA